CUACUUCCUGAAACCUCUCAGCUGGGCCUGCAGAGGGGCGCUCAGUGCUGCCUCAGAGUUGCCUCAGAGCUGGCCUGCUCCGUGCUGCCUCAGAACUGGCUUGGGUCAUUUUGAGCUGUCAGAGCCACCUUCACAAGGGGAUGCACAGAACGCACAUAGGAGCCACUAUGAGAUCAGAACCCACCAAUGCAGCAGGAAACACCACACUGGGGGUUGCCUCUAUUCUUCAGACUACCUCAGUCCCCUCCUCUGAGACCUGCCGUGUAUCCUACGAGGACAGCAGAGUGGUCCUGGUGGUGGUGUACAGUGUCGUGUGCACGCUGGGCCUACCGGCUAACUGCCUAACUGCCUGGCUGACGCUGUUGCAAGUCCUGCAGAGGAACGUGCUCGCCGUCUACCUGUUCUGUCUGUCCGUCUGCGAGCUGCUCUACGUCAGCACCUUGCCGCUGUGGAUUCUCUACAUCCAGAAUCGGCACGAAUGGAGCCUGGGUCAGCAGGCCUGCAAGGUGACCGCUUACAUCUUUUUCUGCAACAUCUACAUCAGCAUCCUUCUGCUCUGCUGCAUUUCCUGCGACCGCUACAUGGCCGUCGUCUACGCACUGGAGAGCCGAGGCCACCGCCACCGGAGGACUGCCGUCACCAUUUCUGCGUGCGUGAUUGUUCUGGUCGGACUCGUUCACUAUCCAGUGUUUGACAUGAAAGUGGAGAAGGGCUUCUGCUUUGAGCCCCCGAGAAUGAACAGUAGGAUAGCCAGCUACCACUUCCUGCGUUUCACCUUUGGCUUUGCCGUCCCUCUCGGCAUCCUAGCGUUCACCAAUCACCAGAUCUUCAGGAGCAUCAAACUCAGUGACAGCCUGAGUCCUGCGCAGAAAAACAAGGUGAAGCGUUCCGCCAUCGCAGUCGUCACCAUCUUCCUGGUCUGCUUUGCUCCCUACCACGUGGUGCUCCUCAUCAAAGCUGCCAGCUUUUCCUUCUACCAAGGAGACAGGGAUGCCGUGUGUGCCUUUGAAGGACGACUGUACACCAUCUCUAUGGUGUUUUUGUGCCUGUCUACGGUCAACAGUGUGGCUGACCCCGUCAUCUAUGUUCUUGUCACAGACCAUUCUCGGCAAGAAGUGUCCAGAAUCCACAUGGGGUGGAAAAAGUGGUCCACAAAGACAGACCAUACUUACUUUACUACGUACUUAAAGGACUCUGAGGAGACACACUCACCCACAGCUCUUGCAAACACAUACACCUUCCCCGAUCCUGCGAGCCUUCCAGGAUCACAGCCGGCGGAGCUGACUCUACUGUGCUCGACAGAGAGACCGCCUGAGGAACUCUGCUAAACCCACCCUUCCUCAGGGGAGGAUGCUAAGCCUCAAAACCAGCCACAGUCACAUAUACCUGGUUCUUUGAGUCACCCUCUAGAGUGUCCACAGCACUGUAGAUGCCUUUUUGCAACACCCACUGUUAAUCUUUCCUUCUCAGGCCAUCAACUCUGAAAGUGUCGGUUCCUUAGAUGUCCGAGACCUUCAGGUUCUCCUUUAUGGAAAGCGACACUUGCUAAGGGCACCUGUCAUAUCCCUAGGCUUCCAGGGGCUCAGGGAGCAAGUGGCUGGCAGGAGAGCCCUUUAUCAGCAGCAUGCUCUGCAGGGCUCCCCAACAGCCAUCAUCAGGGCGCUUGGCAGAGUACUUUGUUUUCUAUGCUCUCCUGAAUUGUCCAGUGGCAAUUCAGUUCAUCUUGGGGCUUUCCAUAGAGAUGGACAUGAACUCAUUCAAGGUUACCAUGGUGACCAGAGUCACAGAGGAUAGGAAUCCAGCCCUGAGGGCUCCCUUUGGGGGCUGGUUCUGAGUGGACAUAAUUGUCUUCUAGGGGAGCCAUGGAGUACAGUGGCCAGUUGCUCCAGCCCCUAGUAGCCCCGUAUUUCCUCCCCAGGGACCCCCCCUCAACCAUUCACACUAGGAAGUGCUAGUGGACACCCCAGGAAGAGGCUGGUAUAGCUGCUACCAGAUAAAAGGAUAUCUGGCAUUUGGGAUGCCUUUCUUUGCCUUGCAACCUCUGGCCUUGACAUCACAGAGGAGAUAGGCUGGGGCUCCUGAAAGAGCAAGUCAAGAGCAAGCCCCACUCUGCCCCUUUUUCUCCAAUGUUGACUCUGAGAGCCUUGUCUUGCUGAGUCAUUCCUGUACUUUCCGUUAGCUACCUCACUGGGUCAGUCACUGUUGGGACUGACACCGCCCCCUACCCCACCCCACCCCACUCUACCCCAAUACACAGGCCAAGGACCCUGAGCUUGGCGGGCCUAGGCGCUGACCCUCCUGAAGUACACACAUCCCGGAUGCUGCACAGAGACUCUGACCUCAGAGGUUAACUUCAGUUCUUCCUUGUUAGAAGUACUGAGAACCAGAACACGGAGACAGGACUCGAUCCCCACUUCCUUUCCUUACUGCUGUGUGGUUUUUUUUAUUGCGUUUGAGACAGGGUUUCUUGGACCUCAGACUGAUCUUAAACUCCCUAACAGAGGAGAUGACCUGUUGUUUCCUGAUCCUGUUGUCUCCACGCCCGAGGGUGGGAUUACAAGUGUGCACCAUCAGCCUUUAACUUC